AUGUGCCGCGCCAAGGACCAGGCCGUGACAUUUGGGUUAUUCGAUGAUGAUCACAAAGAUGCGCUGGAGGACGAGAAUACAGCAGAACCAGGACUAUCUAUAGCAUACUCUGCAAACAUAUUGAUAGAUCCGCUAGAACACGCCUGUAUUUGCAAAGUGCCACUGUUUCCAGGCUCACAAUACAUCAACAACACCUCGGACCUAGCUUUAAAUCUCAAAAUCGGGGCUCGAAUACCAAACCAGCAAGUUAUCGGACAAAGUAAUGCCCAGCCUCGGUAUAUUCAUGAUCUGAUUCCAAGUACAGGCGAGUAG